ACUUCCAUUGUCUCAUGCUUCGAACUCUUCCUCGAUCUCUUUCGACUCUCAACCCCUUUAUAAGCCUCCCUCUUACCCUUCUCCCUUCUCACACAAAAAGGAUAUAUUCUUCUAAGCUAUCACUUCUUUUGAAUACACCCACAGUUACGUUAUUUUCUCUCUUCUUUUGAUGAUUUUACUCAACUCAACAACCUCAGGCAUGGAAAUGGAUAUAGAUUGCAUCCAUCACCUCGACUUCUCCGGACACAGCACCCUCACCAACACCCCAUCUUCCGACAACGAUAACUACGGAUGCAGCUGGAACCACUGGUCCCCUGUCGUCAACUGGGACGCCUUCACCGGCAACCAGGACGACUUCCACCACCUCAUCGACUCCAUGAUUGACGACAACAACACUGGCCCCGCGUUUUCAGACCACACCGCAUCCACCACCUCGGAGGAGGAAGAAGAAGAAGAAGCAACCACAACAACAAUGACCACAACCACGACAACAACAACCACCACGCCAGAAGCGGCAGACGACGACUUUAAGGGCCUGAGGCUGGUGCACCUGCUGAUGGCCGGCGCGGAGGCCCUCACCGGCGCAAACAAGAACCGCGAACUGGCUCGAGUGAUAUUGGUUCGGCUCAAGGAGUUGGUGUCCCACACCGACGGUACAAACAUGGAGAGGCUUGCUGCGUAUUUUACCGAAGCGCUGCAAGGCCUGCUAGAAGGCGCCGGGGGAGCGUACAAUAGCAGCAGCAAGCACCACGUCAUCGGAGGACCCCACCACGAACCCCAAAAUGAUGCUCUUGCUGCUUUCCAAUUGCUUCAAGACAUGUCCCCUUACGUCAAGUUCGGCCACUUCACGGCCAACCAGGCCAUUGUCGAGGCCGUGGCCCACGAACGCCGGGUCCACAUCGUCGACUACGACAUCAUGGAAGGGGUCCAAUGGGCCUCACUAAUGCAGGCCUUGGCCUCCAAUCCCAACGGCCCUCACCUACGCAUCACCGCGUUGUCUCGAUCCGGCGUGGGUCGGAGGUCAAUGGCCACCGUGCAGGAGACCGGAAGAAGGUUAACCGCCUUCGCGACCUCCCUGGGGCAACCCUUCUCAUUCCACCACUCCAGACUUGAGUCCGACGAGACCUUUCGGCCCGCCGGGCUCAAGCUUGUGCGUGGAGAGGCCUUAGUGUUCAACUGCAUGUUAAAUUUGCCGCACCUUACUUAUCGCUCGCCUAAUUCAGUUGCUUCGUUUCUAACUGCGGCCAAGGCGUUAAGGCCGAGGCUGGUGACGGUGGUGGAGGAGGAGGUGGGGUCCGCUCUCGGCGGGUUCGUGGAGCGGUUCAUGGACUCGCUACACCACUUCUCCGCCGUGUUUGAUUCAUUGGAGGCUGGGUUUCCCAUGCAAGGUCGGGCCAGGGCUUUGGUAGAACGCGUCUUCCUUGGGCCGAGGAUCGUGGGCUCGUUGGCCCGGAUCUACAGAACCGGUGGAGGAGGGGAGGAGAGAGGGUCCUGGAGGGAGUGGUUGCGUGCGGCAGGGUUCAGCGGAGUUGCCGUGAGCUCCGCCAAUCAUUGCCAAUCGAACUUGUUGCUGGGUCUUUUCAAUGACGGGUACAGGGUGGAGGAGCUGGGUAGUAAUAAGUUGGUGUUGCAUUGGAAAACCAGGCGUUUGCUUUCUGCAUCCCUUUGGACUUGUUCUUCAGAAUCAGAUUGUGCAUAGCUGUUAAAUCGCUUCAGAUCUCAAUGUGCUUUUCUAAUUGCUUUUAAUGUUCAUGUUGACCUUCCGAAAACAGAAGAAAAAAGAGUCAAAAACCAUAUGACAUUUUCCUCUUAUGGUAUUAUUAGGAAUUAGGAUCUUUGCUAACCUCCACGGUGACUUUAAUUAGAACAUGGGAAAAUCCUAACACA